AAACAAAUCCAACAGUUCAGAAAAACAGAAACAAACAAAGUAAAGAAUCUCAUAGUGCAGAAGAAGCUUCCUGAGAGUGGAGGCUCCACCAUGAGCAGCCAUGGAUAUCCAAUCCCUGACAGCGACCGUUAGGAGCUUUAGGUUCACAGACUCAGAGAAAGCCAAGCAUGGAUAUAAAAGAAUCCUCAUCCAGCUUUUCGGAUUUUUGGGCCAUGGAAAAUCAUCCUUCAUCAACAGCUGUAGGUACGUCAUGGACGGCGGGGACUAUGUGAAUCUUGCCGGGGCAGACAGUUCUGACGCGGGACGGACCACGGCACGGAUAUCCUACAAGCUCACCGAGGACAUCAUUCUAGUGGAUAAUCGGGGAUGUAGCACUAUGAACAGCCAUGAGACCGGAGAGAUCUUCGCUCAGCUCGCUAACUUGCUCCCCUUGGAUCAGGAAGUUGAAUGGAGCACGGGCUUCCGGCUUGUAGACAGAAUUGUGGAUGCUGAAACUGAAAUCCAGAAAUCAGACUUCAUCUUCCCUGUUUUCCUUUACAGCGUAAAGAAGGGGAUUUAUGAAUCAGAUAUUGAAGAUUUAAAGCAAUUGCUGGACACAGCCAAGAUGCUAACAGGAAUUUUCCCUUUCAUAGUCCUGACACAUAAGACACACGGAGGAAUGUCGAGAAUCGAGAGACAAUUUCAGGACAUGGGCGCGGAAAGGGUUUUCGCCCUUGAAAACUACACCCCCGAGGAUCACUUCAAAACCAGAGGGAGGCACGAGGACGUGCUAAAGUUUUUCCAUGAAAUCAUCAAAGAGGCUCAGUUCAAGGUGGAGCAAGUGUGGGAUCCGGCGCAAGGGUUUAAGGAACGCAAGCAGUUUGUUCUAAAGUUUAUCUAUGAGCGGGAGAUGAAGAGCUAUCGGGGCCAGCGAGAACAGAAGACACAAGCUGAACAGACCUACCUAGUCAAGCGGUUGGAAAGUCUAAAAUUCCGAUCAGAAGUUCAAAGACAAGAGGACAAAAGGUACUACGAUGCGGAGAUGAAGAAGAUACAGGAGCAAUUUGAAGAUCUUAGGAGGAGCGACGCUCUGAGAUUUGAGACGGAGAUGAAGGAGUAUCAGAGGAAACUUGAGAAAGCUAAAAAGAAUGAUUGUAACUUACAAUAAACAUUUUCAGGCUGA